AUGGCCAGAGAUAAAGCCAGGGUCCGCACCCGCAAGCAAAACGUCUUUCGCUCUGUCUUCCCUCCCGAUGCCUCGCAGCCGGCUCCUCUGGCGUCUGCCUUCGCCGAGGCCGGCGAGCCAAUCCGGAGCCAGGGCGCGCCUUUGCCAUCGGCAUCGUCAUCAGCAUCGUCAUCAUCGUCACGUCCCAGGAGACACGCUGCCACUCACAGCGCUGGCGGUGCCCACGGCUUUGCCGAUCAGGCGCGGUGGGACCGUGCCUGGCACGUAGUCACUUCGCGCAUCCAGCUGCCCACCUCCGUGGCCGUUGAGGAUUCCUUUGGUGCUCUGGUCCCCGAGUCGCAGGAUCUCGAUGUAACUUUCUACGACUCUCUGGCCCUGGUCCUGGAUCCUGCUGCUCUCGCCCCGCAGGCCGCUCAUACGGAGGACAUACUGCUGUGGCAUUCUCGACAGGUCCGUCAGCACUUCCUCCACCAGGUGCUCCCUUUGCUCGCCGCAUGCACCUCCAGCCAUCAACGGGGCCACUCGCAGGUUCUCCUGAGCAUCAUUGGCACCCUGGAGGCUGCCCACAGACAGUAUCUGUACGGGCUGAUGCUCAUUGUUCGAGGCUUCCGCGAUGACACGUCAGCAGAAGCGGCCAUGGCCAAGUUCAGACGAGACAUACACGCCAUUGUUGGUAACUCAUGGACCCCGGAGUUAAUAGCCGUCCUCCGCAACGUCUUGCACCAUAGUCUGCGCAUCAUACUGGGCUCGAAUAGUCGCGACAGUGGCCUGGGGCCGGGUUGGAGCCGAGAAGCCGACGUUUCCAAGGCACGGGGCGAACUUCUCGGCCUCCUUGAAUCCUUGCAUCAGGUAGGACUAGGUGGCGACAAGUUUCAAGUCCUGUUUGCUGAGAUGAUGGAUGCCUGUAUGCAAGACUUCAUCAAGGAAUCCUAUAGCAGAGUAUGGAAGGUGCCUGAUGGCCGACGCAGAUCUCGUGCGGUGACGGGGCCUCUCUGUCUGAAUCACUUGUGUAACUGGAUUGAGAACCGCUACGGCCGUUUGGCAGUGGAGGUGCUCAGUCGUCUUGGCGGCCAAGUGGCCUGGAACGAUGUUGAGCGGUGGAGGGAGGUGGCCACUGGGCGGCUCGCGACGCUGCGGAUGCACGAGCUCUUUGAUAUCGUCCUACACUGGCCCGACAGCAAGGGAGGUCUCGACGACUUGGCGUCCUCUGUGACUACGCCCCAGCGCCGCCUUCAGCUCACGGACGCCUUCUCGGCCACCCUCCAGGCGAGGCUGCUACACCCCGGCCGCUCCACGCUGGACAUUCUGCAGACCUACAUAUCCAUGAUUCGAACAUUCCACGCGCUGGACCACUCCAAAGUCCUACUCGACAGAGUCGUGCCUGCGCUGAAGCUAUGUUUGUGGAACAGAGACGAUGCCAUUGGCAUUGUCGUUACAGGACUAUUGGCCAAUCCAAACACUGCAAAUGCCGAGGAGAACGACGGGAAACUGGUGGAGCUUGCAGUCAUUCUAAACGAAACGUCGCAGCAGCACCAAGGUCGCGUCGACGAUGAGGAUCUCGGCUGGAACGACAUGAGUUGGGUUCCGGAUCCCGUGGAUGCAGGCGUCAACUACAAGCGGCCCAAGAAUGAGGACAUCAUAGGCACGCUGAUCAGUGCUCUUGGCUUACAAGACGUCUUCAUCAAGGAGUUCCAGUCCAUCGUCGCGGAACGGCUGCUCUCCAAGCAAACCAGCUUCCAGCAGGAGAUUAAGGUCCUUGGCCUGCUCAAGAAGCGCUUUGGAGAAGCUGCUCUUCAGAAUUGCGAUGUAAUGAUACGAGACAUUGUGGACUCCAAGCGCGUGGACACUGUCCUUCGUCGGAACUUGAAGAGCGAUGGCUCAUUGGAGCCAAACUCGCUCUCAUAUCAUUCCAAGAUCCUGUCACGGCUAUUCUGGCCCAGUCUGCCUAAAGACCCCUUCGCCGUGCCUUUACCCGUUGCUCAAGUUCAGAAGAAGUACGAGGCUGGAUUUGAGCAGCUCAAAUCAUCACGGAAGCUCAAUUGGCUGGAUCAUCUGGGAUCGGCAACGGUCAAGCUCGAGCUUGACGACCGCUCCAUCGACCUUGAAUGCAAGACGUAUGAGGCGGCAGUCAUUUACGAAUUUCACGAUGACAGUGAUGGAUCAGGGACAUCGGGCCCCGUGCAACGAAGCUUCAACGAACUAUGGGAGAAGCUCAUGAUGGACGAGGAUCUCUUGGAGAGCGCCCUCAAGUUCUGGGUAGCCCAGCGAGUCUUGCGCGACGUCGGAAACAAGACGUACGUGGUGCUGGAGACGCUCGACAGCGACGUGGGCGACAAGGACGUGAUGGAGGACCAAGUCGCAACGGGCGGCGACGACGCAAACGACCAGCCGUCGCCGAAGAAGCCCAAGAACAUUGGUGCAAAGGAAAGAGAGCAGAGGGCCAUGUACUGGCAAUUCAUCGUCGGCAUGCUGACGAAUUCGAGCCCGGCGAUGCCCCUUGGGCAGAUUGCCAUGAUGCUGAAGAUGCUCAUCCCCGAUGGAUAUCCCUGGAGCAAUGAGGAUUUACAGGAGUUCCUCGGCGAGAAAAUCGCAGAGGGCGAGCUGGAACUCGUGGGGGGGAAAUACCGGCUCAUCAAGAAGUGA